AUGAAGAAAACGAGACAAGUAGAGCCGAUCCUGGACUUGAGACUGGAAAAUAAAAUAUCAACACCAAAAAGUAUCACUCGAACUGGAAGAAGAACACAAAUGGCGACCAUGGUAGUUGUGAGCUUGAUAGGCAUGACUGGUCUGACGGUUCUUACAAUACUAGACGCUUUAAAAGCCAGUCAGGUCACUACAAAAACCAAAACAUUGCAAGCUAGCAUAAACCUGAGCAUCGAAGUCGCGGGUCUCAUUCACAGACUGCAAAUUGAGCGAGGAACAAGAGUUUUACACUUCAGUUCAGAUCCACAACAGGGAAUAUGGCGUCGGGUGUUAGAAGCUGCAGAGGAAACUGAUGAGGUGGCCCAAAAUCUCGCCAGGUGGCCACAAGAUAAUCGUGAAACGUAUAAUUUUAACAGCCUGGAGACAUUUCUGGCGCUGGUAAAUAACCAUCGUAAGUCUCACCCUUCCAAUGACAGCACAAUCAAAGAAGAAAUCACGUUCUACACACAAAUAAUUACAAACCUGUUUGAUUGGUCUUUCCGCAACGUCCAGCAAACAGACCAAGAUAUUCUGUCGGACUACAUCGGGUACCAAAUGCUCCUUAUUGGCAAAGAAAGAACUGGUAUUGAGCGAGCUCUUGGAGGUUCUUAUUUCAGUCGAGGAUUUUUUCAAGAUACAAAUGAUUUACUCUGGUAUGCAAAGCAGAAUCAGUUGGGACAGGACAAGUUAAAGACGAGCAUGCAACUUGUGCCGGAGAUUAAAACAAUUUAUAAUAAAUCUGUUGAAGCUUCUAACAGGACGAUUUUGGUUACAGUGGAGCAAAAAAGAAAAGUUAUCUUAGGCAAUAAAAAACAAAACGCGUCAGUGGAGUUGGGAGUAGAGUGGUUUGAUAUCAUGACUAUUUACAUAAAUGCAUUACUUAAAGUUCAAAAGGAGGUCGGGACACUGAUCCUUGACAAACUUAAGGAGAAUGUAAGCUCAGCAGAGAAGGACUCGAUACUUAAGUAUUCAGUUUUUGCCUUCGUUCUGUUGAUUAUGCCCUGCUUUGUGUUCAUUGUUCACACGAUCCAAAGAUACGCGAACAAACUUCAUCAAACAACGAAACAGCUGAAGGAAGAAAAACAUAGAGCAGAUUGUCUUCUUUACCAAAUGCUACCGUAUCCUGUCGCUGAACAGCUCAAGGGUGGACAGACUGUCAAAGCAGAGCAGUUUGAAAGCGUGACUGUCUUUUUCAGUGAUAUCGUGGACUUCACGCAAAUCUGUGCCAGUAUCUCACCCAUGGAGGUGACCCACAUGUUGAACCAACUUUAUGGAAUCUUUGACAACCACAUCGACAAAUACGAUGUCUAUAAGGUGGAGACGAUCGGUGACGCCUACAUGGUUGUAUCAGGCCUACCAGAGAAAAAUGGGCACAAUCACGUCACUGAGGUGUCCCUGAUGGCUCUUCAUCUGGUGGAGCUCAUGAAAAGUGUUCAUUUUGGCUCCGAUGACGGAAGAGAUCUCAGUGUAAGAAUAGGUAUACACACGGGUGAGUUUUUGAAGUUAUCUCUUGGAUUUCUGGAGGUACCCCCGUAGCCGGUUUCGUUACAGUUAUUUUAAAUGUCUGCAUUCUUCGCAUACAAUCAUUUUUUCAUAUUUCUUAUAUUUCAUAGAUACUUUUAACCACCACAAACGAACAAUAACUGGCUAUAAAUUUGAUGUAUCAGAUUAAAUUUUAUUAGCUUUUAGUAUAUAUUAAAUGGUAUACUUCCAUUCGUUCUUCUAUUAUUUCGUGAAUUUAGUCUGCGCCUCAUUAAAAAGGAAGACAAAAUCUUUCAUUUUUUGCAAUUCUAUAUUAUUUUUGUUAACUUCUUCACUCAUUUAUUUCCAGGUCCUUGCGCGGCAGGAGUUGUAGGGAACAAAAUGCCUCGCUAUUGUUUGUUUGGGGACACUGUGAACACCGCAUCCAGAAUGCAGACAACUGGAUUGCGUAAGUCUUGUUUCAAAAUUUUUGUCAACAUAAAAAAUGUAUAGUUACACUUAUAGAGCCCCGGGUUCAAUUCAGUUCAGCGCGGCCUGACUUGCAUUGGUGAUAUGCAUACAUGAAAAACAAAUGGAAUCUAUUCUUUUUUUUUUAUGUUGAGUAGGAUGGUGGAGUUCGUCCUUGCUCUGAGGGAUUUUCUCCAAUUUGUGUUUCGUUUGUUUGUUUGUUUGCUUGUUGUUUAUUUACAAAUCGUUAAAAAAAUUUACAAAGAUCGUUGAUUAUUUAAAACCCAAAUACUUCACAUUUCAGCCCAGAAAAUCCAUGUGAGCAAAGAUACAAAGGACAUGCUGGAAUUUAUCGAUGGUUAUCAUCUGGAAUUCAGAGGAUUAGUUGACGUCAAAGUAUGACAUUUUUGCCAUUGUUAUAUAGGGUCAAGUGAGGAAUAAGACCUGGGACUGAAUCCUCAUGAACAAUCUUUUUAGUUCGCCCUCUAGAAAGGAAAAAAAAACCUAAAGAAAACAAGUAACACAACGAUAGAAGACUUUUUCUGCAUAUUUUUCUCAAAAUUACGCGUUUAAAUUACUGGUGAGUCUCGACUCAGUCUUUUUGGUCAGAAUAUCUGACGCGCGAAACGACGAAGAGUAUCACUACUCCCAACUGGCUGGGAUGCUAAUCCCUCGCAGCAUUUCAUUACCCUUCCCGGUACCAAUGUAUUCUCAUGGGUGGAGAGAGGCACUGGAGUGCAAUUGAUAUUUUUCUUUCAAAUACAUCAACACACUGACCUGGUCAGCGCUCUCACCAACAUUGCUAAAAUUAAACUAAAAACCUCUCUACAAAACACAUAUCUCAGACCGUCUUGUUUUAUGUACCAGGCUUAUUUAGUACUGACAGGAAAAUGUUUUUUCUUUUAUCUCCAUUUUAGGGCAAGGGUGCAAUGGAAACCUACUGGCUUUUAGAUAAUACGGCGCCGUGUGUUUCACAAACGAAUGAGAGACCAGAUGAAGCAAGUAGUCAUAGGUAUCAAGUUAGAAUCUGAGCUCGCCUUAACGCCUCUCACACUAGGCUCCUCUCGGAAACACAAGUAGAAAGUGUUAGCUCUCACUCUUAUGACAGGUGAUCAAAAGAGUAAACAAGGGGGUUACUUUCAGAAGGGGUUCAUUUGGUCUUAAAGGUCUCUAUUCAAUUUGUUUUUACAUCUCAAUUUUUUUUAAUAGCUUUCACCAUUAAGGUGCGGGAUACACAAGCGAGGCUCCAAAUUAUGUGUGCCGUUAAGAGAGGCACUGUGUCUUGUCCAACAACACAACGCAUUGACCCGGCCAGGUCCCAAAGCCAGGCCUCUCGACACGGAGUCCAGUGCACUGAACAUAACGACAUAACGAU